AUGAACUGGGACGAGGAAGAAGCCUCUUCCCUGCCUCCAUUACCAUCAAGCCCUCCACCGGAACCUGUGGAUCCCACACGAAUCACCUUCACUCUGAGCAAUGAAUCGUCGUCUCCUCGAUACGAAUUCAACAACUUGGUGACGUCAUCCUCUCCGUCGUACUUCAGCUAUCAACCAUACACCUCACCGGGCAUCUAUUUGCUUCCCGAUAGAGAGCAGCAACCGUAUUUUGGAGCCGAUUUCCAGACUGAAUCCUCAAUUUCAUGGAAUUCUCCAACUUCUCCACCGCCGCCACCAAUGAUUGUUGAAGAGGAGAUGAGAAGCGGUGGUGGCACCGCCCGUCCUGUCACUCCGCGGAGCAUUGCAAAUUCGUUGGAUUCGUUGUCCGAGUGUGCACAGCAUCAUCAUCAUCAUAGUGAUGUUGUAAAUGCCAAUUCGAAUAGUGAUCGGAGCCGGAGCCUCGGAGAUCUGUUAGCGGCAACAAUGCAAGACGGAAACGACGAUUCUCUGCGAAAUGGGAGUUACGAUACUCUGGUCACUACUACUACAAAAGGAGGAGGUCUAACAGAUAGUGGAAUUGGCGGAGGAUUGUUGUUGAUGAAGGGGGAGGAUGAAAUGGAUAUUAUGGAUGAUCACAAUUCAUCAUCUUCCCCUGAUCAUCAUCGAAUUCCGACGGAUAUCUCAUCGCCUGAUUCAUUCACCUACCCACCAGUAUCCUUCACAUCAUACGAUCCAGUUAACGGCUCUGGCUCAGUGCCGUCUUAUUCGAAUGAGAAUACAAAUCCUCUUGACUCAACGCCCCGUGGACAUUCUGCAGACGAUCGGAAACAUUCGGAUCUUCCAGCAAUCAGUGAAGAGUCGGAACACGAGCAACAAUCAAUUCAUAUACCGUAUAAUCAUUAUCCACCACAUUCAUCUUCUGUUGGUCCAGGAGCAGCUCCAGCUGUACGAGAAGUCGUUGAGCACACUUAUCCAAUGGUUCAUUGUAAUAGUGCUCCAUCGAAUACCGUAUUUAAUAGUGAUCGAAUUGCGCAUAGACGUGUUGUUAGUGAUGAUGUAACAGAGACGACAAGGCUGAAAAGAAGUGAAGAAUUGGAGAAUAUGGAUAAAGUUGGACGUAUUUCGUUCGAAAAGCGUUCGGCAUCUACAAAUCACUUGAGCAAAAGCCGAAAAGGUGCUACAUUGGUAUUCCAUAAUGAUCCAAAUGAAAAAGACGAAACAGAUGAUGAAGAGGAAUAUGAAGAUGCUGCAGAUGGAUAUUCAAAAGACAAUGAAAUGCUCAUUUUGGAGAAAUCUGGUGGAGAAGAACGAUAUCGAAUGGCUUCUGUGAAGAAGAAGAAUGGUUCUCCAUUACGUCAUUUUGACAAUCACUCUAACCUGACAUCGAUUUCAUCUACGGAACCACCGCCAGUUCGAUUGCCCAGAAGAGUAUCAGCAGUAUCUUCAACAUCACGUUCAUCACCUCAAAGAGCUACGGAUCAGUCGUGGAAGGAUAAAAUGCCACCAUUCGGAAUUGUUGGGCAUAGUAUGUACUCUCCACAAUCUCUUCCAUCAAGAGACGCAAUUCCACGUACACCAUUCGACGGUUCAACUAUUAGUAGUGGUGCAUCGAGUAAUAUUGGCGGUUCGCAGAGACAAUUCUCGCAUGAAGUGACAAGUCCCGAUGGAGACGAAACACCUGAUAGUAGAUACUCUACAUCAUCACGACUAUACGAAAAUCAUUCAAUCUCCUCACCGACUGCACUGCUCGCCGCCGAACUCACCGACGAUCUGAUGCCACUGUCGGAAAUAUGCAAGAAUCAUCGUCUAUCGAUAUCCUCUUCAAUUAAUACGGAACACUCUCAGUCUCCACCACCGAAAAGUCAGUCCGGUGGUGCACCGAAUAGUUCAUUUGUUCGGCGGAGUCUUCGGAAAAUCAUGAAGAGAGGAUCCGUGUCGACAUCGGCACUCGGUGGAGAUGAGGGUCUUCGGAAUGGAUCCUUGAAGCGGCGAGCUUCAAAUGUGUCAUCAUCGUUCUUUGCGUCGGCUCAGGAACGAUUAAGACCACGCGCAAAAAGUUUAAAGAAGCAGAGAAUUGGAAAAAACGCGAAAAAAGAAAAAUCCGGUUCCGACACAUUCACGUUUGGUAAUCUAUUCCGCAAGAAGCCACCAACAAGUCGUCCAAAUCUAGCUGACAUCAUAUCGGAUCUGGAUCAAAGAUCAACGACAGGGGGCCGUGGUGGUGGAUCAUUGUCGGCUGGAGCCACUAAUCGACGCAGUACAUCUGCUACAAUUCUUCCGAUGAGUUCUGCUGGUGGAUGCGACCCGACGACUCCAUUUGAUUCUGCGUGCUCACUUGACGGUCUCCCGGAUCACAUAUCCCGUAUGGUAUCACCAUCGGACUCGCCACAUCAUGCCACGUCAUCUUCAACACUGAAUGGUGCAAAUUCGAUGAGUUCGUUGUAUGUUCAAUUGGACCGAAUCUACGGGAAACACGAUCUUUUCGCAAAUGAUGAAUAUCAAUCAUGGCAUGAGAAAUAUCGUCAUAAUACGCUUUCAACGAAACAGGUCAAGAAGCAGGACGCUAUUUUUGAGCUCUACCUAAUGGAAAAACGUCACUGUGCGAACAUUGCAUUCCUUCUACACGGCUACCGUCGCCGAAUGCUCGACGAGAAUAUAAUAACGAAGCAAGAUAUGGAUGUACUCAUUCCAGAUGUACUUGAACCCUUGCUCAUAUUCCAUUUAAAUGUUCUCGAACGAAUAACGGCUCGAAUGAAGGAAAACUAUGAAGUUGGCACUAUCUCUGAUAUAAUCUCUGAAGAACUCGCAAUUGACGGUGGACAACACACGAAACUAUGCUGUGAUGCUUAUACUGAUUUUGGAGUUGCAAAAGAGAGAUCUGAUGUUCUAUACCAUCAUUUGAUGAACAAAAAUGCGAAAUUCGCAGAGUUUUUCAAGAAAACCUACAGCGAGGAGACAUUCUACAAGCACUAUGACUUCCGUCCACUUAUCACGAAAAUAAUUGGUCGCGCCACGAAAUAUUCAUUGCUUUUGGAGACAAUAUUGAAGAAUGAGCAACCAUUUAGUGAAUAUCAUGAUCUCACGAAAACCGCGUUGGAAACCGCCCGUAAAUUUGCCCAUAAAAUCGAUGGAAAUCUCUCGAUGGCACAUAUGUCCAUGAAAUGGGAGGAGCUUAAAGCGCAAAUUGAUUCGUCAUCGGCUACGACUCUUUAUGUAUCGGAUCCUUCUGUGGCGAAUGCUACGAUUCGGUAUACUUUUGAUCUGGACUCUCUGAACUCUGCAACAAAUCGGAAGCUUGUCCACCUCGGUGAGGCUCUUAUCAAAAUUCCAGUAAAUCCAGUCGGAAGUGGUGGUGGAACACAUUCAUCAUCAUCUGGAAAACAAGUUGAUAAGAAGGAUCAGUGUUAUAUCGUUCUUUUCGAUGAUAUUAUAGUGAUUUUAAUUCGAAAGAGCUCUCGUCAACUAAUAUUUAUGCAAGAUCAAGGUGUAAUGCCAGUACAAUCACUUUUAAUUCGAACAGCUGCACGUGGACAUUCGAUUAUGUUGAUUUCUGGUGCAAAACCUGUUCUUUUUGAAAUAUCAUUCCAUACAUCAACUGAUCGGAAGAAAUGGGUUACUUUAUUGGAAUUGGCACCGAAAAAUGUUCCGCCAGAAGGAAUUCGGAUUACUACGGGAGAUGCUGAUGGAGUACUUAGGGAUCGUGUUGCUGCACAACAAGAUGCUGAGGAUAAAUGGUUGAAAGAGUUGGAAGCUAUUUUUGACACCCGACUACCCGAAGAAGAAGCUCUUGCAAAAUAUCUGGAGACUCGUCUGGAAUUCUUUGAUAACGUACGCGAACAUGUCUCGAAUUUGCCAUUUAAAACCCGAACGGAUAUCUCAAAUCGUAUUCGUGAAGCUGUUAAAGGAAGAUUCCGAGAAUUACGGCGUGCCAGAGUUAUUCCGUUGAAUCGAUUAGUGGAACGAAUAACCGAAUCCCGUGACGCUGAUCUAUGGUCAUAUUUCGAUGAAAAAGCCGACGCUGCUGAUGUUCUGGAGAAGUCUAGCGAUCUUUCAGAGGAUUCUGACAAUUCUGGAGAUUCGGCGGCUCGCGGAGCAAAGCCACGUAGAAUUCAGACAUUCCACGGAACUUCACAACAGCCGGGAUCAUCGAAUGGAGGAGGAGCUAUUGAGUCGAUACUUUCAGAAAACAACGGAAUCCGACGUCAUACUACAGUACCCCGUAUGAAUAGUGAUGGAGGAUCUGGAUCAUCAUCAUCAGCAGCAGCAGCAGCUGGAUCUUCUACAACUGACCGUAUUCCAAUACCUGAUGACGUGGCAUUUGACGAGGAAAAUAUCUCAGCUUCAGCACAAGGAUCCGCUCGAGGACGUGGAGAUUCGGAAUUAGAUCGGAAAACCUAUGGAGAAAUGCUUUCGGAUCUACCGAUUCGUCAAACAAUGCGGGCUCGGCGAGCAUCUACAAAUCUCAUUAAGGAGGUUAUUUCGUUGAGAAAGGAGAAUCAUUUACUCAAGAAUGAUAAUGCUCUUACAAAAUCUCGUUGUGCCCUUCUUGAACGUGUUCGUGGUGGUGGUGCAAUGAUGACGUCAACAGCUACAGCAGUCGACGAUUCAAUGGAAAUGUUACGGAAAAAAGAGAAAGAAAUUCGUGAACUUCAACAAAAAGUGCUUGCCGAUCGAGAUGAACUUGCCGAGAAACAAAAAGCGAUAGAUGCCCAAGAAGAAGAGAUUCAGACGAAAUGGGCGGCUCUGCAAGCGCGCUCCAUUGAACAACAACAGUCUCCAAUGCAUGUGAGAAGUUCGUCUUCUCAUUCGCAAGUCUCUUCGCCGACUUAUAAAACGAGCCAAACGGAUGUCACAAUAUGACCACAAAUCCAACUUCCCCCGUCCUCAUCUGCAUCAUCUUCAUCGUCGUCGCAAAACAACACUACAGAUUGGUCACCAAUGUUGACAAGUUUGGCCACAAAAACCGAGACGAAGAAGCUUAAAAAAUAGGAAAUUUUCCCGUUUUUUUCUUGUCCCUCAAAAAAAAAAUUAUUAUCAUUAUUUCUCCAGUUUCUCCUCCACACGUAUUUGAAUCACAUUGCCCACAUUUUGAAUUAUAUUUCCCCCAUUUUUUUCCCAUUUUUUCCAAUUAAAAUUGGGAUUUUUGUGUACAUUUUCCACUUGGUAACUUAUUUUUACCCCCCCCCCC